CCCAAAUGUUUCGUGGUAAGGGAAAGUGGUCGCAGCAAGGAGAGACUUCAUCGGGCUGUUCUGAAGCCCGUUAAGGAGAAAGCAAUCGGUGAAAUUAGAAUGGCACGCUUUGUCUGUCAUCUCUUUUCACUUUUGCUGCUUGGAUUAACACAAGAUGUGAAAGCAGAUUUCAUGGACAAACUAGCAAAGAGGAAAGUCUGUGCAGACGUGGAUUGUAUUUACGUGAUCUCAAUUGGCCGUGUAGUAGAUGACUACAUUGCACCAGACUGCAGGUUUCUCAACCUGAAGGAGGGACAGCUGAUCUAUGUCUAUUCCAAACUGGUUCGGGAAUGGAAAGGUGGCGAAUUCUGGUCAGGAAUUAUUUAUAGUGAGGAACCUGUGGACGAGAUGGGUGUUGUCGGUUAUUUCCCCAGCACUAUAAUCAAUGAGCAGCAUGUGUUCCAAAACACUACAGUGCAACUUCCCACCACUGCUAUUGACUUUUACUGUGACUGAUGUUAACGACCUGCUCAAUAAACGGUGUCAUCAAAGGAAAAUGUGGAGCUAAUUACGACGUCAGUGAGAAGAUCGUUCGCAUCUCACGUUGCCAGGAGCUUUAAUGGAAGUAUCUUCCUUAAUCUGUGUGCUGAAAGUGGAAAAUGUAUCUAAGUCACCCGCUUCAUACCUUUCUGCUGUUAGAUUUGUUUAAUAAGUUCAUUUAUGAGAGAUAGCUGGCUGUAAAACUUUAAUGGUUCUGUUAAAUAUAGAUUCUACUGCUUAGGAAAAACUGAUUAGUUCUACAAGGUAGACCUGCAUUUAUUCAAUACAAUUCAUGUUGUUAAUUUGAUUGAUUGCAGAAUUGCUAUGUAGCCAAAAGAGGCCAUUCAGACCAUCAUGCCUGUGCUAACUGCAUUAUCCGGUCUGGCUCUAUUAUCUAGUGCCAGUCUCCUGCCUUUCCCCCAUAUCCCUGCACUCAAUUUCCCUCCAAAUAACUAACCAUUACCGUACUGAAUGCCUCAAUUGAAUCUGCCACCACUACAUUUCCAAGCAGUGCUUUCCAGACCCUAAUCACAUGCUGGGUAAAAAAGCCUUUUCUCAAUUCAUACUUGCUUGAUAACUUUAAUACUAUGCCCUCACAUUAUUGUUCCAUUUAUGAGCGGGAACAGUUUUUCCCUUGUCUGCUCUAUCCAGUCUACUCAUCGUUUUUAAAACCUCUGCCAAAUUUCCUCUCAGUCUUCUCCUCUCCAAGGAGAACAGUCCCAACUUCUUCAAUCUAUCCUCAUCACUGAAGUUUCUCCCUCCUGGAGCCAUUCUUGUAAACUGCUUCUACACUCUCUCCAAUGUAUUUACAUCUUUCAUAUAAUGUGGCACCCACAACUAUACACAAUAUUCUAGCUGAGAUCUAACUAGCACCUUGUACAAGUUCAACAUCACCUCCCUGCUCAUGUACCCUGUGCCGAGGACACUAGCUGCUUCAGUAACCCCUCUCUCCUCCUGUCCUGCCACCUUCGAUGAUUAGAUGUCAUUUUGUUCAGUUUCACUGUAUAUAUGAACCGUGCGUUAUCCACAAUGUACCAGUAA